UAUUCCUACUGCCCUAAAAAAGCAUAUUACUGUCUUUUCCUCUGCUCUGCUCUGAUCAGAUUACAAUACUACAACGAUAUAGAUUAAGUUUCAAGCAGUUGAAAACGUCGUCUCUCCCACACAAGAAAAGCCAAUUCAAGUUCCCCUCCCAAUCAUCAAGUGUGGUGAUAAUGUCGACCCGCAAUAGCUCCAACAUCAUAGCUUGCAAAGGCGUUGUUUGCUGGGGAAAAGGCGAGGCACCCAAGGUAGAAGAGAUAGAGGUGGAACCUCCGAGAUCAGGUGAAGUUAGGGUAAAGAUGUUAUUUGCCAGCCUUUGUCACACUGAUGUCUUAUGCUGCAAUGGCUUUCCAACGCCUCUAUUUCCUCGAGUUCUGGGACAUGAAGGUGUUGGCCAGAUAGAGAGUGUCGGUGAAGAAGUCUUUCACCUCAAAGUGGGAGACAUGGUCAUUCCUACGUACUUGGGGGAGUGUAAAAAAUGCAACAACUGUAUUUCCGGAAAGACCAACCUAUGCGAGACCUACCCCUUGCAAGCUUUCACCGGAUUAAUGCCAGAUGGUUCAUCAAGAAUGUCCAUUAUAACUUCAGGUCGCCGCCAAAUGCUGUACCAAUUUCUUAGUUGCUCCACAUGGUCCCAGUAUACCAUUGUAGACGCUAACUACGUCGUGAAGAUGGAUUCACGGCUAGCUCUACCACACGCUAGCUUCCUGUCCUGCGGUUUCACCACUGGGUUUGGAGCAACUUGGAAAGAAGCCAAGGUUGAAAAAGGUUCUACCGUUGCUAUUUUUGGCCUUGGCGCUGUUGGAUUGGGAGCAGUUGAGGGUGCUCGAGUGCGCGGAGCAGCACAAAUUGUAGGCAUUGACAUCAACAAAGACAAGCGCGAAAAGGGGGAAGCUUUUGGAAUGACGCAUUAUAUAAACCCCAAAGCCAUUGGUGAUAUAUCCAUCUCAGAAAUGGUGAAAGAGCUAACUAAUGGACGAGGAGUGGACUAUAGCUUUGAAUGCACGGGGGUUCCUGAUUUGGUUAACGAAGCUUUGGAAACCACCAAAAUGGGAGUAGGGAAAACGAUAAUGCUUGGAGCAGGGACUCAAAAGAGCAUGGAAAUCGACUUCAUUUCCCUGCUUGGAUGCAGAACAUUCAAAUACUCUAUUUUUGGUGGGGUUAAAGUCCAGUCUGACCUUCCAGUUGUGAUUGACAAAUGCAUCAAUAAGGAGAUACAGAAACUAGAUCAGCUUUUAACUCAUGAAAUUCAACUCAAGGACAUAAACCGAGCCUUUGAUCUACUGAAGGAACCUGACUGCGUCAAGGUUCUCAUCCAGUUAUGAUUGCCCAGCAAGAAUUUUCAAUAUGACUUUUGGUCUUUUUGGUUUUCAAUCUUAUCUUAUUGUAGUCCAAAACAAAAGGAAGCAAUAAAAGAGAUCUUGAGUUUUGCCGCCCUCAGAUCCUUCAGGGUACUUUUAAUAUGACAACCGGAAGAGAGUGAAGCACCGGGAACAAGGUUCAAUUCUUCACAAAGCAAAUGAAAAAGCUGCGAUUAAUAUGACAAUUGAC